AGGAGUACUGUCGAGAGUUGGGGUUGGCCAGGCUAAUCUCAUCCGAGACGGGAAUGCGAAAAACUGCACACAGAUUCACUUUCGCACUGCAGUGAUCGAUACCGGUAAUCAUUGAGGUUGUGAGCGGAUAAGAGGGCGACUUCAAAGCAGCUUAGCCCCAACUGAGCUCGAGCAUUCUUUUCCACGGGCUGUCCGCCAAGCAGUGCUGUCGAAGAUAGGCCAUAGUCCUGACUGCAUGGUGUCUCACCGGGGUCAUAGCAGAUAGGAGUCCCAUUAGCUUUUAGGAGCAAAACUGUCUACUCCCGCCGACUACUACUCACCCGUGAUCAGAGAGGGAGAUUCUAUUGGGAUCGUACCUAACAGUCGUUUCAAGGUCUGGACUAGAGUGUCUGUGUCUGUGUCUGCGUCUAGUGUCAACUGUGAGUGCUGGUAUCAAGGCCAAUCAUGGAGUCCGCUGACGGGGUCGUACUGGAUGGAGCUGUUGACUUUGGGGAGACGGACUGCGAGGAGUCGCCGUGGAAAGACGCCAAGUUUGUGAAGUGGUACUCGUUCAUCGUGGACAACUUCAGCAACGAGGACCUGCGAACACGUCUCUACGGUGUGCUCACCGACAUCGAGAUGAAGCAGAUCAUCGCGGAGGCGGGCGGCGACAUUGCCAAGAAUGAGAUGCUGCUGCAGGACCUGAUCAGCGGCGGAUGGACGACGUUCAAGCCGUUCCGCGAGGCCGUGUGUGCUGUGGCAGGCGAGUCGUCCAACUACAGGGACUUGGCAAAUGAUCUGUUCAAGAUACAGGAGGGCGGGGGUAGUGAUGGUCAUUGCCCGGGUGAUGUAGAUGAUACUCAACCACAAUCUAAGGAUGUCAAGCUAGAUGAUGUCAAGGAUUUCAGCGGCUUUGUGAAGAAACUACGCGCCAUCAUAAGCCAUCCAACUCUGGAGGACAUUGCCAAGCACAUCGUUCAGGACUCUGCCCGGACUGGUGGAGAUAGUGUCGCCGCUGGCAAAGGAGGAGGAGGAGGUGGAGACUGGCGCACACCGCUGCGGGCGUUCCAGCAGCGGCACCACAUGACCGGCUUGCUCUCCGUACUACGCUACUGGCAGGCGGUGUGCGAGCCCGCUGACUGCACUCUCAUGGCACUGUACCGGCUCAUCCAUUCCGUGGACAAGCGAGAGGCACACGAGUGUCGUGAGCUGCUCAGGAUUCGUGCCGACGUUCCGUAGCCGUUUAUGGACUGGAAACAGCUGCCUGUGAUGCGAUACAGCGGUAUGGGUUUCAUACUGUCGUUUUCGUCCUGCGUGUGUGUGACCAGAGUGAAGAAUUCCCCGUGUCAGUACAAAAUGAAUACACGCUGUUGCCCGAGAAUGCCAGGCUUAUGUCGAGACCCAAAUUUGACAUGCCGAUCAUGGAUGGAUGGCCACAUUUCAUCUCACAAUGGUUUCCGAUUCAAAAAAUAGUUUUCAAUACUUUUGAAUUGUAUUAUGCUACUAUAAAGGCAACUUAGCCAAGUUUUUACAAGUAUUCAGACUUGACCUUUUAGUUUUGCGUCACUCAAACGAGUGAGUUUACAAUUCUAGGUGCUCCCACAUG